UUUGCCAGCUAAAUGUAAAGCAAGCUAGCUGCUUAGCAUAUCUGUUAGCCGAGUGAAUACAGGUGUUUGUUUUUGGGUCUCAUACACCACGGUUAGCACAACUUGCUAGUGGAAGCUAGCACAGUAACGUUAGUCUUCAAGGCUGGAGUCAGGCAGUCAGCACUGAUUAAACUCCUCAGCCUGGGUGCAGGUGUCGUACCAGAUUGUGUAUUCUAGUCAAAAUCUGUAUCCAGUCAAGGUUACAGUGGGGAAACAUAAUUUUAUCACAGAGAGCACAAUAUGUCCCCCUGCAUGUGUCACACUGUGUUUGGACCGUUGUUUUAUACACCCUCAUGGAAAUAUACACAGUAUGGCUCGACACCAGCGUGGGUAAAUACGGCUAUACUGAUCACAUUGGAGGUGUCUGGCUGUUGUCAGUGUGCCGAGACUUUGCUGUGCUGGAGGACCACUGCCUGGCCUAUAACCUCCAGGAGCAAGAAAUUGAGAGCCACUUGGCGUCCAACGUCCAUAAGAGCCGUCUGGUGCAGAAGGACCUGCAAGUGGCCAAGAAGCUGCAGGAGGAGGAGGAUAAGAGGGCCAAGAUCCAUAGCCAGAAGCAGCACUGUGACAUUGAGCGCCAAGAUAAUGAGAUCGCCCAGGAAAUUCAGGAAGAACUGGUCCGACAGGCAGAGCAACAACGACAGCAGGAAGAAAAGGAUGCGGCUAUAGCUCGUAAGCUGCAGGAGAAGGAGAUGAAAGAGGAGAGGAGGAGACAGAAGCAGCUGGAAGCAAACUUUGAGGAGGAAUACUUUGAGGAUCACGGAGCGGCAAGAAGACCUCUUGAUUUGGAUAAACGCACUCGUCACAAAUCAACUUCCCCAAGCCGAUAUGACCCAUAUGCUCCAGUGAGCUCACAUCGUGAUUACUCCCCAGAUUAUAGCUCAACUGAGCCCAAAAGGAGCAGGUACCCAAGACAGGACCCAGCAGCACCCCACAGUCGCUCCAGAUACCCCGAGCACUACCUGGGGACAGAGGGAGGGCGAAGCAGGCAUGCAGAUCCGUACCCAGAACACCUGCUGCCCUCCAGAGGCAAGCAUGGGGACAGGUACCCAGAGUAUGAACCCACAGCAACUGGCAGAGCCCGGGACGAACGGGGGGAGGAAACGGAGAGAGUGGUGAGGAGGAAGGAGAGACCAGCCAGACCGCCUCCACCACAGAUGGCCAAAGAAAGAGACAAGGCCGGGGGCAGAGAAAGGGACAGGCAUCGUGACCGAGACAGGGACAGAGACCUGGAAUGGGAGAGGCAUGUGGGAAAAGACCAGAGGAGAGACAGGGCGCAGGACUACAUGGGGGAGAGAGCGGGAGGAAGAGACAGGGAAAGAUCCAGAGAUAGAGGACUGAGUGGGGACAGACACGGAGAGAGAGACAGGCAGAGACAGAAAAACAAAGACAGACCACAAGCAAGAACCCGGAGCAAGGAGAGAGGACUUGAUGUGGAUUAUUUGGAGCAGGGUCCUAGCAGGGACUGGCCGAGGGAGGGCAGAGCUUCCUGGGAGGAGGAAGAGGAUGAUGGUGAGAGGGAGAGGAGGGCCAGGGGCCGGCAGCGUGUCCACUCUGGCCCAGAGGAGGUGUUUGACGAGCCCAGGAGUGACGAAGGGAGAGGGUGGACCGGGGAACUCUGGGACCCUCAGCAGGGGGAGGGUCCUGGCAGGGAACGCAUUCAUACUUACCCCAGCGGAGAGACAGGUCGUAUUGUCCACCGAGGGAGUGGAGCAGUAGUAGCAGAAACUGAAUAUGGGCUGAGCGAGGCCACGAAGGGGCUGACAAAGCUGGAUCUCCGUGAGCAGGAGCUAAAGGACAUGGAGGUGGCUCGAAAACUGCAGGAGGAGGAAAUCAAGGUGGGGAAGGAAACCAGACAGGCCAGUAAAGUGCAUAUGCGCGCAGCCCAAGUAGCGCAGGAUGAGGAAAUGGCCCGACUGCUGAUGGAACAAGAGAAAAAGGAGUACAAGAAGAAUCGAGAACGGGAGAAAGAGAAGGAACGAGAGCGGGAGAGGUUGGCCAUGGAGAGGAUGGCAAUGGAAAGGAGGCGGCAAGAGACAGACUACAGGCCAACUUCAGAGGAAGUCGUCCGACCCAGAACACGAGAUGAGUACGAAUACCAGAGGCAGAGGAACCACAACAAGCCUGCCAGGCCUCCUCAGCCUCGAGCACACGACUAUGAGAAUGUGAACCCUGGCUUCGGGUACUCCAACCAUCCUGUCCCCCCACGUGCUCCCACCAGACCUGAGGCUGCUUACAAAGGUGCCUAUUACAAGCGGUGACUCAGGCUCUCCACUCUGUCCAGACAUGCUGUCAGUCCUCCUUCGUCCUCUUUUUAAUUUAUCUUUUGGUUUUCAGCCAUUUAUGCUCUGUUGACCAAAAGCCUUGGGACGAUCAGAUGAGUUGGCAUGGUUUUUUUGUUUGUUUUUUGAUACCCUCCAAAGCUGGCCCAGAGUAAAGGAAGUGGGUCUGUGAGUGCUGGAAUCACACUCAUCUUUUCCUUUUUUUAUUAUUUUUUAUUUUUAUUUGUAAAUUGUGAUUGACAUGAUUUCUUUUAACUGACUCGACAUCAAGACAAGCUAAAAGAGCAGCCUUGUGUCAUAAACUCCCAUGAUUCUUAGCUGUCGAAAUAGAGGAACUGGCUCCUCACUUUGCUGUGCUCAUCGUGUGCUGAUGUUCGUCCCAUCUGUGGACCAUGCCAUCACAAGGGCUCGAGGCCUCCGCUGGAUACAACCAUGCAAUCUCAAAUUUUCCUCAUGACUCUUCAUGGGACGUGCCUGUCUGGUUCAACAUGGCUGCUACAGUGUCUUAGAUACCAACAUGGCAGCUGCUCUGUAUCAACCCGUGCUGUAGUUCUGUUCUCGUCAUGCUGCACAAUGAGGACUGCACAGGCCCUAUCCAUGUGCCACACAGCGUAUGACUCUGGAGGGAUACGUUUCUGUUGCUGUAUUCAAACAAAACAAAAAAUAAUAAUAAGCCUUUUAUCAAGAUGCUGGUAGUUUUGGCUUUGACGUGUUUUACCACCUUGUUCCAGUGCAGAGGAGGUGGAGCUUUGUGAUGAUCCAUGACCAUUUAACUGGCUGUCAGCUGCAUCUUUUUCUGCUUGUGAGGGGCACUUUUUUUUUUUUUUUUUUUAAGCCCACCACCCUUAAACUGAGAGUGGAUGGAUGAUACUCUGGUGUAUGACUCACUGUUUCUAUGUGCAUGCUUACUGAAAGUGUACAACUAUGUACAUGCAUUUCAGCUAUAUAUCAAACUAUCUGGCUCCCUCUUCUUUUACUGUCAGAAAGGGCUAAAGCCACAAAAUGCCAAUAAUCCUCUCUUUGUGAAUGAACAAAAUAUAUGCUAGCUCAUAUACUGCUGUACAAUAUGUCACUUUUCUGCCACCUUUUCAUAUCGGCUUGCCAUUUACAAACCAAAACUGGCUCAUAAAAGAACCAGAAAUGAAAUGCAUGUACAUUGCUUGUCUGUGUCAAACCUGAAUUCAUGCUUGUGCUUACGGCACAGACAUUGUGCGAUUGAAUAUCUGCUCUUAUUUUAUUUAAAUGUAAAUAUCUUUUCUUUUUUUUUUUUUUUUUUUAAUUUGUGUUACCAAAUCGUGUCCUCUCCAUUGUGGAAGACAGAAGAUUCAGUCUUAAUAUCUUGUGUCCCACUUGUUAUCUGUUUGGAAAAGGGAGCCUUAUCUUUUAUUUUUUAUACAGUGUUUUGAUGGUCUUUCCCCAGAUUGUUCCCUUACUUUCCAUUCCCCCUAAACUCCCCUGCUGUCACCUCCAGUCCUCUUCUCUUUGUCUCAGACUCAAAGGCAGACAUCACUUCCUGCCUGUGGAGAAGGAAAACAUUCCCACACAAUAGAAGUGCAUCUGGAUGGAGGGAAAUUAAGUCACAGGAUUAGCUGGAAAAAAUAUGUUAUAUCACUGCUGAAAAGGACCUAUUUUAGUGUUUUUACUGCUCCAUCAUCCAUCAUUUUCUGUUAAUAUUGAAUAAGGAUGAUACAGAAAAUGAAGAGCACAUACAAGCUUUUGAGUUUAUGGACAUGUUUGUAUAAUGGCAACAAACUGAUUCAAUCUUUGAACAUUAAAAAUGAACUCUGCUAGCCUCUGUGCUUCUUCCAUGUUCUUACAUUGUAAUAAAUGUUGCUGAAAUUAUAAAAUCAACCUCUAAAAUAAUUCCCUCCUUGUUCAGAGAAAAUGUGUAGCUUUCUUUGCCUAAGAGUGAGACGUGUGUGUCACUGAGGGCGUGCAGGUGUUAUUGAAUUGAUAAUGUGCUAAAUGCUGUUGACAGAAUGGGAUUUGUGCCAUAUGUUUGUAAUUUUUUCAGGGACUUUAAAUGGAAAAAGCUUAAGAGUUGUAGUGGUUAUAACAGAGCUACCACGCCCACUGAGGUGGGACUCCUAAUUUAUUCUGUGAUGAGAGCACCACCUUGUGGACAUGUUGACAAUUUUAAAAUAAGAUAAGUAUAAAGUGGAUCUAAUCAGGAUGCAUCUUUGAUUGUGUAUUUGUGGAUGUUGUGCAUCAGAUGUUGGAUUCGAGUGCCGUCUACAUCAAACAUUGAGCGUUAACAUUUUGUUUUUGUUUGUUUUUUUUAAAUCCAGGGCUUGUAUGCAAUCUACCAAUCAUGAAUCAACACAUAUGUGUUGGCACUUGCUGUAACAGAACUUUUUUUUAAGUAAAAUGAAUUAACCAGUUGCUUUUACUUAUAGCAUUUCAAAAUGUAAUAAACUGUAUCAGCAUUUCCA